AUGCUGUGGUGGGUGGAGCCAGGGCCACUUCCUUUCCCCUUGGGGCCCCUCCACCAGUCUUGCCCCAGCUUCAGGAGUUGGAGCAGCCUGGUCCCAGCCCUGUGCCCUUAUCCACUGAGCUGGUCCCGACUCCCGCUCAUGCCUGUUGCUUUGGAAAUGAUUCUGCUUCUCCUCCUCUUUGGGAGCGUCUGGGCCCAAAACGUGAGGUCAGAGUCUCCGGAUGGCACAAGUACUUUGCAGGAGUUGGAACCCACAGCGUUCUCUGUUUCUUUGGUCUCAAAUGUCUAUGAGACCACAAAAUUCAACUCAGUGCCAUCUAAUUUUGCAACAACCGAGGUCCCUAAGACAGAUGACAGCGCUGAGCAAUGGAUCCUCCCGCCUUCCUCAACUCCCUAUGCGGCCGAUGAGGUUUCCUCUCCUGGGACUCCCAUUGCUGCCAGCAGGGACCCUCCUGUAAAUGAGUCAAUAAUCUCCCAGAAAGAUUCGGCCAAAAAAUUUUCAAUGCCCCUGGAAAUCUCUAAUGCAACCAGUAUACCCGCUGUCCCAGUAAUGAAAUCUACAGGAUUCCACACUACGACUGGUGAAACCAUGGCAACUAGCCCUCUGGAGACCUCCAGUGGGACCAGCGGACCCCCUGUCACCACAGCAACUAGCUCUCUGGAGACCUCCGAUGUGACCAGCGGACCCCCUGUCAUCAUGGAAACUAGCUCUCUAAAGACCCCCAAGGAGACCAGUGGACUUCCUGUCACCAUGGCAACUACGUCUCUGAAGACCCCCACGGGGACCAGUGGCACCCCCAUCUCUGGAGUAAAAAUAUCCAGCCCAACGUCCUCCACAAACAUAAGCAGUAGGUCCUCCCCAAGUUCAGUUUGGGGGACAAAUGGCACCUUGCUGGCAGCUGUGCUUGUGGCCCUGCUGGUGGUCAUUGUCCUCGUGGCACUACUCCUGCUGUGGCGCCAGCGGCAGAAGCGGAAGACAGGAGUACUGACGCUAAGCAGGGGUGGCAAACACAACGGGGUGGCAAAUGCGUGGGCUGGGGUAGCCCAGGUGUCUCAUGAGGAGGCCGCGACAAUAACAGAGGGAGCGUCUGGGGGUAACAAUGAUGCUGGGGUCCCCCAGGGGGAGGGGUCUGGCCAGCGGCCCACACUUACCACUUUCUUUGAUAGACGGAAGUCUCGCCAGGGCUCCGUGGCGCUGGAGGAGCUAAAGCCUGGGCCAGCCCCCAGCCUAAAGGGGGAGGAAGAGCCACUGGUGGGCAGCAAGGAUGAGGCUGCGGAGACCUCUGCUUCUGAUGCGCCAGAAGAGAGAGAUGUGGAGGCCCCUUAA